AUGUUGCCUGAUGACGUCCUACUUCGUAUAAUGGAAGAAAAAGUGCGCUCGUGGAAAAAUCGUCAGAGUGCAAUGAAUUGGAUGAGACUGUCAAGAGCUGAAAAACUGAAGAAAAUUAAAGAACUUCUGUAUUUCAAAAAGUGCAAAAACUGGUGUCACUUGCCACCGGAGAUUAAGCUGGAAGUUAUCAAAGUGCUGGAUUUUCCGGGCAGACUGAAACUUCGAAUGACUGCGAGAAAUGAGAGAGACCUCGUCGACUCGCUGAAAAUCAAUUUCGAAUCAGUGACAUUGACGAAUGACAGAAGUCAAAGAUGGGGUGUGAUUCAGAUGACUCCUUCACCACGUGGCAUUCUCCUUGAAAGCUUCGUCUCGUUCCGCAUCUUCAACAACAAGUUGUACACAUCGGCUGUCCAUUUCCUUGCAUAUGCUCUGAAAAUUGGAAAAAUCGAUAGUCUCGAGAUUCUGGAAGGCUAUUCGCCCAAAAGAUUCAACGAUUUCCUGAAAGUUCUCGAGAAAAGUGCUCCAUUCAACGUCAAGAAUCUGAAGAUCAAAAACCUGAAAAAAGACGCUGUGAUGCUUUUUAUGAAAAACUUGACGCCUGGUGUCGAGACGAUUCGUUUGGACGGAGAGGGUUGUGAGAGUUUUCCAUUCGAUGAGUUCUUGACUUUCCCAGUGUUCUACAACUGCGAAACCAUCAAAAUCGAAUCUCUUGCCAUUUUUGAUGCCCCUUCGAAACUUGCAAAGAAAUGGAUCGACAACGAUGCGGAAAUCGGUACCAAACUCCAAUGUGGUUUAAGCGCCCGUUCAGAUGUUUAUCUGCUCUAUUUUGUUGAGGAAUUUUCAGAUCGAAUUGUGUACCAAAACGAGAACGAAGCGAGAAUUUGGACCAACAACGACUCGAAGCACAUUCUUCUGAGAUUUUUCAUUCAGUACGAAGGCUUGAGUGGGGACGAAUACCUCACUUGCUCCAUCAUCCCUUCCGAUUUGGAAAAGUCUGAAUAUGAUCUCAAUACGGAUUGGACAGUUGGAAUGGAAGCCUAUGAUCACUUCGGUAUGUAUGGAACCUCUUGGAGCGAACCAGAGCCAGAUCCAUUGGAACUUUUUCCCGUUUCGGAAGAUACCUUGGAUGAUAUCGAAGAGAGAUUCCGCGAUAUGGGCCUUUCAAGCGGAAAAGACACUUCAGAAGAUGAAGACAAUGACUGA